AUGCCUUCUUUACCCCUUGAUAAAAAACUAUUUAAAAUCCCCGAAGGUGUUACUUUAGCUGAUCCUGAAUUUUGCAAACCAGCUGACAUUGAUCUUUUAAUAGGGGCUGAGUUCUUUUAUGAACUCUUGCUUUCAGGUCAACUUCGAGUUAAUGGUCAACCCGCGGUAUACCAAGAGACUCUUCUCGAGCUGCCCAUUCUUUGGGAAUUAGCUGCAGAGUCCACCUCAGAAGUCACGUCAAGUGAGGAAUCAGCUUGCGAAGAACAUUUUCAGAAACAUGUUCGAAGAACCGAAUCAGGUCGUUUUUGCGUAAAUCUUCCUUUCAAUGAGCAAAAGAAUGCUAUCGGUAGUUCCAAAAAUACAGCCUUCCAACGUUAUUACUCCAUCAAACUAAAAUUCGAAAAAGAUCCCUUUCUUAAAGAAAAAUACACAGAGUGUAUUCAAGGAUACCUUCAAGAGUCACACAUGACUCCAGUUCCAACCAAAGAACCUCUUGAUUGCGGAUUCUACCUCUCACAUCAUGCAGUGGUAAAAACGUCGAGUAUCACUACAAAGGUCAGAGUCGUAUUCGACGACUCUGCAAAAACAACUCCCGAAAAUACAACUUCAGAUGCUUUUAGGACUGAGCUGACUGUUGGAAGAGACUGGGAUGAAUUUCAGAAGGAAUAA